AUGACGUUGUUUGUUUUCAGGCCUGUAACGAGCAGGGAGAUUAAACCUCCGGGCAGCGGGACUAAACCCUUGUCACCCUCCGACUUCCUGGACAAACUGAUGGGAAGGACGUCGGGCUACGACGCUCGCAUCCGACCCAACUUUAAAGGUUCUCCUGUCAAUGUCACCUGCAACAUCUUCAUCAACAGUUUUGGCUCCGUUACAGAGACGACCAUGGAUUACCGGGUGAACGUGUUCCUGCGGCAGCAGUGGAACGACCCGCGCCUGGCGUAUAAGGAGUACCCGGACGACUCGCUGGACCUGGACCCGUCCAUGCUGGACUCCAUCUGGAAACCCGACCUGUUCUUCGCCAACGAGAAGGGCGCCAACUUUCACGAGGUCACCACCGACAACAAGCUGCUGAGAAUCUUCCAGAACGGGAACGUGCUCUAUAGCAUCAGACUGACCCUGAUCCUGUCCUGUCCGAUGGACCUGAAGAAUUUUCCCAUGGACGUUCAGACCUGCACCAUGCAGCUGGAGAGCUUCGGCUACACCAUGAACGAUCUGAUAUUCCAGUGGUUGGAUAAGGGUCCGGUGCAGGUGGCCGAGGAUCUGACGAUGCCCCAGUUUGUUCUGAAGGAGGAGAAAGACCUGGGAUUCUGUACCAAGCACUACAACACUGGUAAGUUCACCUGUAUCGAGGUGAAGUUCCACCUGCAGAGACAGAUGGGUUACUACCUGAUCCAGAUGUACAUCCCCAGUCUGCUGACCGUCAUCCUGUCCUGGGUUUCCUUCUGGAUCAACAUGGACGCCGCUCCUGCUCGAGUGGGUCUGGGUAUCACCACCGUCCUCACCAUGACCACGCAGAGCUCCGGGUCCAGAGCCUCGCUGCCCAAGGUGUCGUACGUGAAGGCGAUCGAUAUCUGGAUGGCGGUGUGUUUGCUGUUCGUGUUCGCCGCGCUGUUGGAGUACGCCGCCGUGAACUUCGUCUCUCGCCAGCACAAAGAAUUCUUCAGACUCACGAGGCGAUUCCGGCAGGAACAACGGCAAAGAGCCGGUCAGUUCGGAGGAGCCGAGACAAGAGGCAAGAACAGUGAUGUUACGGGCAGUACGGUGUCGUCCAGGAACACUAAACAACACUGCAGCGCCUGUGCACAGCAGAAGUUGGCAGAAAAUCAGGAUUACUUCCUAGCCAGCUACGCUCUGGACAGCCAGCUCUCCGGAGACGGUCCUCUCUCUGAAGCGGCUGCCUUGUUGUCCGCUCUCCCCCCGGGUCACUCGCUGUUCGAGAUCCGCCGGCGGUUCAUCGAGCGUGCCAAGCGCAUCGACACCUUGUCGCGGGCGAUCUUCCCCCUCAGCUUCCUCCUCUUCAACGUCUUCUACUGGCUCACCUACAAAGUCCUGCGCAUCGAGGACCUGCAUGCCAUCCUGUGAGCUACACACCGAUACGUCUCCUUUUACACUGUAGAUAUUUAUAGACCACCGUUUAUAUUUAUUUAUUUUAACUUCUUUAGUCCAAGGGAGGGAAGUUUUACAGAAAUGCAGGAUGUGUGUGGGGACGUUUCAGAAAAGUGAUAAAUUAUGGACACAGAAGAUGGAUGGACAAUUAAUAGAGCCUCUCAACCCCGUAACAUCAAAUCUUUUGUCUGGUCAAAGCGCUGACACAGGUGGUGGAGGAAUACGUAGAAAGCAGUGCGGUCCUUCUUACGUGCUGAGACUUUCUCAUGGUGUGAGGAACAUUUUGUGGACACAAAUUGAGAAAAUGGACACAGGAACCCAAGAGUUUGACUUUUAAUAAGUAUUUUAGAGCUUUCCAGACCUGGGAGUGUUGUUCCAAGGAAAUUAUCAUACAUCUUUGUUAAUUACUGACUAUGCGACUAUGACCAUGUGAUUUUGUUGCCAGCUCUUUUAUGAAUCCCCUACUGUUCUUAUCAGUUGGCAGCA